GAUCACCGUUUGUGGGCCAAAAAUUUUGGAGAACACAUCGAUUUACAAUGUACAUCGACCAAUGUCUCCCACUACCCCAAAGCGAACCCAGAUAUUACUUGGUGGAGGUAACUUUCAGCGAGACACGCUAUAUAAGAGAAUGAAGAACCGGCCGGCCAAGAUAAAGCUCGUGUGUUGUCAAUCGUGCUGUUACUCCUCUACCUCCGUCGUUGACAGAAUGUAUUGGCUGUGUCUAGCGGCAUUAGCUGCAACUGCAGCAGCGCAGGGAUCUUACGAUCUAGAACCAAGAGUGCCUUAUCCCGGCAAAUCAUCCAGUUUAGGGCCACUCUAUUCGUCUGGCCUUAGUGCUGGUCAAGGUUUCCGCGAUAACAGCUACGAGGAUAACAUUGUAACACCUACUCCUUCUCCGACGCCUGCUUUCAGAAAUCCCAGCAGUCAACCACCUCUAUACCGUAAACCAUCGGGCCCACCUCUCGAUCAGGCAGCUAUCAGAGUGAGUGGACCACCACGUAGUGGUAUUCUUCGUGGUGGACAACCACAAAAUGCUCGGGAAGCUGAAGAAUUGGAAGAGAAAGAAGAGCCCGAUCGUUUGACUCUUCUUUUACCACAAAGUAAAUUCGAUUGUGUGAACAAGCAAACGGGCUAUUAUGCCGAUGAAGAUCUUAAUUGCGAAGUCUUCCACUAUUGUCAAGACAACGCGAAACACUCUUGGAUCUGCCCCGAAGGAUUUACAUUCCAUCAGGUUCAUCUAAUUUGCAUGCCUCCGAGUGGAGACAUCAAUUGCAAAAAGAGUUCGCAGUACCAUUUCGUCAACGAGUACCUUUACAAACCAUUGAACUUGGCUGAAGCUGAGAACAAACCUAACGUAACCUUGAGAUACAGCGAAAGAUACUUCCCGACAGACAUUCACCCGGACGAGCGCGAGGCUGGUGACUAUCAGAUUACUCCUUCUGCACCUAUUCGCCGCCCUACUCCACCUGUGUAUGCGAGUCCCCAACCUACGUUGAACAGUAUUCCACCGUCAGCACGUCCACAACCAACGGGUCUUCCUCAAUUUCGUUUACCCGUGAACCAAGUUUUCCGCAGUCCCGAGGAAGUGAACAUUCCUCUUCAACAUAGACGCCCGCAACCUCAACACCAGCCUGUGAGAAGAUUCCCUCAAGUACGACCCGAUGACGAAGAGUACGAAUAAAUUCAAUCGGCAUUCCUUUGAUAAUUAUCAUCCAUCGUCGCAAUCAUCGUCACAUUUCUGUCGUUAAUUAUAUCACAUCUGGUGUCAUCAUACAUCUUUCGUUGAAAUUACAAAGAAAAGAUAAAAGCACACUCUGGAGUAAUUAUUAUAUUUAUUCGAAUAAAGUAUAGUUAUAGUUCUAUGAAUUAAUUGUAUAAUAUAUAAAUCGUUUCUAGCAUUUCGUACUCUUACCCUGUAGAAAUCUGACAAUUAUUUUCAGAUUGAGAACGAUUGAUAACCGGAUUUAUAAUUGGUAUGCUGAAUUAGAUAUGAAAUUAUAUUUAUGGAUAUUGCAAACAUGCUAAUAUAUGUAUAUUCAACAUUAGUUUAACAGUGAUAACCAAUAAAUUGUUAUUACGUUAUCUUUAAUAACACUUGUUACUUUAGAAUGCUGCUAUUAUGAAUAUUUUUGAAAUGCGUGCUGAGAAUCCCAAAAACAAGAAAGCAAAAUUUAUAUAAGACGCGCUUAAGGUUAUGUGCGCGGAGAAAUAUCUGUUUAAACGAGUUAUGUAUGGUAUAAAAUAUAUAGAAAAAUUAAGUCAUGCAUAUGUAUCAGAUAUAAUUGAAUAAUGA